AUGGUCCGUCAUAAGAAGGAUUUUGGGAACAAAGGCAAGAAGGGCAGCAAUGGCCCUAGAACCUACGCCCAGCACACACAUCCGGAUCGCGAAAAUGGUCUGGGAGGCAACAAACGCCCUCCCUUCAAAGCAGCAGCAUGGGACCUCAAUCACUGCGACGCAAAGCGAUGCUCCGGAAAGCGGCUGAUGCGACUUGGUCUCAUGAGGGAGUUGCACGUGGGACAGAAGCACGCAGGAGUUGUUGUCUCUCCAAAGGCGAAAACCAUUCUCAGUCCUGCGGACAAGGAUGUUCUCGAGCAAUACGGCGCAGCUGUGGUCGAAGCGAGCUGGAAGAGAAUAGACGAAGUUCCAUUCAAUCGCAUUGGCGGGCCCAACCCGCGCCUACUUCCGUAUCUCGUUGCAGCGAACCCCACCAAUUACGGCAAACCUUGGAGAUUAAACUGCGUCGAAGCUCUCGCUGCGUGCUUCUACAUCUGCGGAAGGAAAGAGUGGGCUGAAGAGAUAUUGAGCACAUUCUCGUACGGCGAAAGCUUCUUGGAGAUCAAUGAGGAAGUGUUGGAUCGAUAUGCUGCUUGCAAGGAUGAAGAGGAAGUCAAGAAGGCAGAAGAAGCGUAUCUGGCACAAAUUGAAAACGAGUGGCGGGAGGACAGAGAAGCCAGAGAAGAGAACAGAGACGACGCGUGGAGAGGCGGCAAUCUCAACAGGAAGACGCGGCCAACUAGGGGUGUUGAGGGCAAUGAUUUGGACGAUGAUGAGGAGAACAGUGGCGACGAGGAUGAUGAGGACGGCAGCGAUGCAAGCAGCAUGGGUGGGAUCGAUCUAGGCGGACCGAAGCCUGGAGAGCAGCCCAAGGUACACGGCAAUACAAGCGAUCAAGAUGAAGAAGAGGAAGACCGAGAUCCUUUUGAUCUACCUCCCGACGACGACGAUGAAGAGGAAAUGGCGGAGCUCCGCAGACGUGUUCUAGCCUCGAAGCCGUUCUCCAACCCAUCAAAGAAGACCGAAGACGAGCGCCAAGCACCAGAGCGGAUACAGCGACCUUCUGAAUCUUCAAAACCUCAGCUUCCAGAAGACUCCGACGCGGAGUCGGGCUCUGACAUCGAAAACGAAGACGACGAAUUCGACAACAUCAUGAACGCAGCGCCCGUGACCGAUCGAGCUGGCAUUACUGCAGCCCAGAGAAAGCGCGCAAUGGAGAAAGAAGGGAAGCUGAGUGCUACAUUUUCAAGAAACGUCGUCAAGGCGCCGGGGAAGUGGCCUCCGUAG